GAGGAAGUGGGUGCAAGGCGCGCGCUGCCAGCUCCAUCCCUGCCCCAGUGUAUGCGGCACCAUCUGAAGCGACUGGGUCCAGACCGUGGCGCGUCCGCGAGUCCACAGCAGCAGCCGCACGGGCUCCUGCCUUCCAGUAACCCAGCGAGGGAGAGGAACAGUCCUUGACCUCACACAUGGAUGGGAGCAGGCACGAGCCAUGGAAAAGGACUUGACAGCAUAUGCCUGUGAUCCCUUCCACACAAAACCAAAGCCGCCUCUAGAUGCAAGCCCGAGUAUUUCAGUCUCCCUAUGAGACCCAGAGGGUGGAUACCUACUACAAGCCUGGAAGGAAGCCAGCUUAGGAGACUGCUGAGGACUAGAGUGUGAGCCAUGAAGCUGACCUUGCCUACGUCAUUCUGCUGGAUCUAGUCCUAGAAGAACUGCACUGGGCCAGCCACUGAGCCCUCCCCAACUUGAGCACUUGCCUUUGGCUUUGUUGGGAGCCUGAAGCCAGUAGUUGAGCAGUGUCUAAGGCCAAGGGGUGGGUAUAGAAGCCACAGAGUCCCAGAAUGGAGUCCAAUGGCACGGUCCCUUCCUGUUGCCUGGACUCUACUGUAUUCAGAGUCACUGUCAGUGUGAUCCUCACCAUCCUCAUCCUCAUCACUGUUGCUGGCAAUGUGGUUGUCUGCCUGGCCGUCAGCUUGAACCGUCAGCUGCGCAGUCUGACCAAUUGCUUCAUUGUGUCCUUGGCAGUCACUGACCUGCUUCUUGGCCUCCUGGUGCUGCCCUUCUCUGCCAUCUACCAGCUGUCCUUCAAGUGGAGCUUUGGCCAGGUCUUCUGCAACAUCUACACCAGCCUGGAUGUGAUGCUGUGCACAGCCUCCAUCCUCAAUCUCUUCAUGAUCAGCCUGGACCGCUACUGCGCUGUCACAGACCCACUGCGGUACCCUGUGCUGGUCACCCCAGUUCGAGUUGCCAUUUCUUUGGUCUUCAUUUGGGUCAUUUCCAUCACCCUGUCCUUUCUGUCUAUUCAUCUAGGGUGGAACAGCAGGAACGGGACCAGCAGGGGCAAUGACACCCUCAAGUGCAAAGUGCAGGUCAAUGAGGUGUACGGGCUCGUGGAUGGGCUGGUCACUUUCUACCUGCCUCUGUUUAUCAUGUGUAUCACCUACUACCGCAUCUUUAAGAUUGCCAGGGAGCAGGCCAAGAGGAUAAACCACAUCAGCCCCUGGAAGGCAGCCACCAUCCGAGAGCACAAAGCCACUGUCACGUUGGCUGCCGUCAUGGGAGCCUUUAUCAUCUGCUGGUUUCCCUACUUCACCGCGUUCGUUUAUCGUGGCCUGAGAGGGGAUGAUGCCAUCAAUGAGGUCAUUGAAGCCAUUGUUUUGUGGCUGGGCUAUGCCAAUUCGGCCCUGAACCCCAUCCUGUAUGCUGCCCUCAACAGAGACUUCCGCACAGCUUACCAGCAGCUCUUCUGCUGCAGGCUUGCCAGCCACAACUCCCGGAAAACUUCCCUGAGGUUGAACAACUCUCUGCUCUCCAGGAGCCAAAGCCGGGAAGCCAGGUGGCAGGAAGAGAAGCCCUUGAAACUCCAAGUGUGGAGUGGGACAGAAAUCACAGUCCCCCAGGGAAUCCCAGACAGGAAACCAGCACUGUCCUGCACCAUAUGCUCCAGCAACCUCCUGAGCUGCUGCAAAAGCCUAUGGGGGCUUCGUUUUUUUCCAGCAACACUCAGAAGGUCCCUUAGAAGAGCUAUCGGGGGAGCCACUGUCUCAGGAGACAGAGAGGACUCCUUCACAGGAAGCAAUGAGGGCACUGUCUCGUGAGGCCGUCUAGAACUGGCCAGGACAAUGAAGAUGAUGCUCCUGUCACCUGAAUUUCCCUUCUGGAGCUCCUCCAGACCCAGCCCAAACCACUGAGGACAAAUCUUAGCCUGAGCCUGGAGGCUCACAGAACACAUGGCAGGGAGUUGUGGUCCUCCACCCAGGGCAAAACACCUCUUUUGGGCUGAAUUCCUUGGGUUCAAAGUUCAAGUUGGUGCUGGCCCUAGGUGUCAUAAGCAGAGACAUGGGGCAGGGACGCUUGCACGUGUGUGUGUGUGUGUGUGUGUGUGUAUGUGUGUGUGUGUGUGUGUGUGUGAAUGUACAUAUGUGGGAAGCACACACAUCCUCUGAGCAGGGCAGAAGGGCAGAGGAUGUUACUAUAAAGCUCUGGCCUUACACUCUCUUGGGAUCUCAGGAUGAAAAGGGAAGGGAAGUAAAAGAGAAAGAAAUUGCCUUCCAUGAGCACCUAACUAGGUACCAGGUACUUUACCGACAUGACUCUCAUAAUCUAUAUGCAAUGUGCUAAGGGUAAGUAAGCAUCACUGUUCCAACUUAACAGAGAUGGAAAUUGAGGCUCAGAGAAGUUUGGAACCCACCUAAGGUCACUCUGCUAGAAAAUGUGCCUGGAGUAGAGCAGGCACUCAAAAAGUAGUUGGUGGGUGGGUAGGUGGGUGGGUGGAUAGAUGGAUGGGUGGGAAGAUGAAUAGAUACGAUAGAUGAUGGAUGAGAAGAUGGAUGGAUGGAUGAAUGGAUGAAUGGAUGAGAAGAGAGAUGGUUGGAUGAAUGGAUGAACAGAGGGAUGGAUGGGUAGAUGGGUGGGAAGAUGAAUGAAUGAUGGAUGGAUGAAUAGGUGGGUGUAAGCCAGGUCUCAUGCCCAUGUUCUUGAAACUACACUACACUGCCACUCAGAAGAAAGGUCAAGAUAUUUCCUCAACUCAGUCUAUCCUCCUGUAGCAAGACUUAGACCUCUAAGAGCGCUUCAUGUUCAAAUAUGGCCCUUGCCAGAGUGGGUUACCAACAAGAAGUGGCAUGCAGUGGACUGGCUGGGCAAUGUGUCUGUUGGUCCCCAGGGAAGAACAAGUGGAAGUUGGGGGGAUACGAAGGUUGCAAACAGGGGAGUUGACCCAGUGGCACCUCCUGUUGGCUACAUGUCUUUGGAAAUGUCACCUGACCUGUCUGAGCAACUCUAUUCCUCUGUGCAAACAGGUAAACUCCCUUUUCCUAGUUCCAGAAUUACUGAAGAGACUCGAGGAGAUGGAGUUGGUGAGAGCCCUGGAGAUAUGAGGGUGUCGAUGGGCUUCUCCUCCAGGGCUUCUUAGAGGCAAUGCCCUUCCCUUGCACCCAUUCUUCCCUGAAUUUCCAAGACCCUCUCCUGCUUCUUAAUGUCUACCCUUAACUUUUCUGUCCUCUUUGUGACUCACUGUCCUCUCCCCAGCCACUAGCUGUGGCUGUUCCCUGGGACUUAGUCCUGAGCCUUUUCUUCUCACUCUGACUCUCCCUUUGGGACCUCACCUACAUAUGACCUCAGCCAGGAGACAUGAGGAUUUACAGAUUUAUGACUGAAGGCAAGGUUCCAGUCCUUGCUUCAUCUCCACCUGGAUAUUCCAAAGGUACCUCACCCUUAACAUGUCUACAACUACACUCUCCAAUUUCUUCCUUACCUGCUCCCUUCCAGAGUCCCCCUUCUCAGACAAAAGGCACAUCCUGGGCUUCAAGAGCCGUGAUCAACUUUAAGCAUAGCCCGCCCUUUGCCUUGCUUUUUGUAGUCACACUCUAAAGUCUUACCCGCCCCACACAAUUUUCCGCCAUCCAACUGAUUCUCCCGUCUUCCCUGGUAUCAGUUGGUCCCAUAGUCUCCACCAGGACAACUGGAACAGCUAUUUACACAUCUUCCUCACAUCUCACUCCCCUUCCUCCAGUCAACUCUCCACACAACAGCCGCAGUGGGCUGUGUAAAAUGCAUACCUGAUUAUGUCACACACAACAUAGAACUAUCUUCAGAAUGGCCCGCAUGGCCCUCCAGCUUCCCCUGCAUCAUUUCUCCGCCUUCUCUGUACUCCAGCCCUAUUUCUCUUAUCUUUUUAUCUCACUCGUUAUUCCUAGCAACCAGGGCACACAGAGUGCUAUUUCCAUGACCUGAAAUGCUCUUUCUGUCCUCUAGGCCUGUUCACUCCAUGAGAUUUCAGCUAAAAUACCACUUCCUCAAUGAAUUCUUUGCUCCUUCUGACUCAUCCUACAGCAGGCCCUUGCCACACAUCUUGUAACUUUUCUUGGAGGCACUGGCAUGGUUGUAAUGUUACAGUCAUUUCCGUGGUUCCUUGGACACCAUCCACCUCCCCUACACACAAGUUCUUUCUGUUGACCUUUGCCUGUCGAACCCUUAGAAAAGUAUUCCACACGUAGUAGAAACUGAGUGAAAAUGUGUUAAUGAAUAUGCAGAGAAUGGGCAAAGCCAGUAUUUUAAGUAGUUAACCCACCAAUAAACUUCAAGGCAUCAUUUGGCCUGAUGACCCCCAAAUAUGUCAGUUGAGUCUCUUGACUGGAUUCAUUUUGGAAGCCCUGAUACCCCGUUUAGACUCUCAGGAGUCUAAAGCAGGGGAGUCUCUAAGCCAUGGCCAGAUGACUGGAGGUAUGAAACCUCCAGUGCAAAUGGACCUGUCAGAUCAUAGACACAAGUAAUCAAGGCUCAGACCCACACUGCCCACUGGCCACCAGCCACUGCAGAGGAUUAUGCAAGUCUACAUCUGAGCUGCCCUGCCCUAUUGGAGGCUGUCUGGAUCGUCUGAUAGCUGCGGAAGUGGGGUACAUGCUGCUCGAAGGAGGAACAGCUGCAGUGGGACUUCAAAUCCUUGCUCUGUGUUACCAUCAUGUUCCAAUAAA